AAAACGUAUUUAUUUAUUCCUACCAGAAUUAUCCUGAUUACAACUAAAACUUAUUCAUAUGAAGUGUUCACUCACAAGAAUCCAGUUAAAGAAAUGGCUAUUUUACACCGGGCCCUGUUUACGUGGUUCAUAUUUUUAGUAUUUCUAAUAUUACUAUGUCUUCGUUUAGAAUCGAGAACACAUUGGAAUUGGUUUAUUGUGUUCAUACCUAUGUGGGUUUACGACAGCAUACUACUGAUAUACGUGUUGUUUCACAUGGUGUCCCAUUGUCGAAAUGGUAUCGAAAGGUUUCGAGGGACAAUCAACAAACACAUGUGGUACAUCACCGCUAUUGGCCUAAAAAUGGCAGCGCAAAUCAUAAUAUGCAUAAAAUUAGAGUACAACAAGGUAAACCUUCCAAUUUACUUAGUUAUGAUGCCAAUUUGGAUGCUCCUACCUGUCCUCUGUGUGGAGGUUUUUAUGCACCUCAUCAAACACUCUAGUGGCAGCAGCAGGUACUAAUAAUGUCAUGAAAACAACUA